AUGACUGCGGUGCUCUUGCCAUCACUUGUUCUCCACACUGUAGCCUUCUUGCUACAGCUACCACUACCAACAUUAGCUGCUUCCCAAACAACAGAGCCGCCUGAACAACAAGGCUGCAGCUCGCCCAAGGCAUGCGGGAGCCUGAACAUCUCGUACCCAUUCUGGCUGGAGGAGCCAGGGCAGCCGCCAUGCGGGUCGCCGUCGUUCCAGCUCAAGUGCAACAGCAGCGGCGCGUUCCUGAGCCGCUCCAUGUUCCAGGCGUACCGGGUGGUGAACAUCUUCUACCAGAACAGCUCCCUGCACGUGGUGGACGAGAACCUCCCGCUCGCCACCGGCUGCCCGGCGCCGUGCUUCAACCUCUCGCUCAGCAUGGGGUCCAUGCCGGCGUUCGCCAUCAGCAGAGCCAACAGCGAGCUGCGGUUCCUCUCCCGACGGCGGUUCGGAAGAAGCUACGGCGGCAGAGAGCACGGCGCAACACCGCCGCCGGGCUGCCUUGUCGCUGUCGUACCGACUCUCCCGGCGACAGACCGGGACAGCAGGCACAACUACGUCGCGAGCUUGAGUAGUGGGUUUCUGCUGGAGUGGACGGUGGUCUCAGGGGACUGCUCCAAGUGCACGGCAAGCGGCGGGGAAUGCAUGUACCCUGACAACGGCCUGGGUUUCUCCUGCAACUGCCCCGACGGCAUACAUUACCCAGUGAACUGCGGUAGUAAGAGGACUGGCAGCAGAAAGAUAAUGCUGAUAGCAAAAGGGGAGGAAUUUGUGAAUGAGGUUAUGAGCAUUGGCAGGACCUCGCAUGUUAAUAUUGUUAGUUUGUAUGGGUUUUGUUUGGAGGGGUCAAAACGAGCUCUUAUAUAUGAGUACAUGGCCAAUGGUUCCUUGGAUAAGUACAUCUACUCGGAGAACCCUAAACAAAUUUUAGGAUGGGAAAGGCUUUAUGCAAUAGCAGUUGGGAUUGCUCGUGGACUAGAAUAUUUGCACCAUAGUUGUAACACACGUAUUGUCCAUUUCGACAUCAAGCCUCAAAAUAUCCUUCUUGAUCACGAUUUUUGCCCCAAGAUUGCUGAUUUUGGUUUAGCUAAAUUAUGUCGUAGUAAGGAGAGCAAGUUUUCAGUGACCGGUGCUAGAGGAACAAUUGGAUUUAUAGCUCCUGAAGUGCAUUCACAGACAUUUGGAGUGGCUUCGACAAAAUCAGAUGUUUAUAGUUAUGGAAUGUUGUUGCUAGAGAUGGUUGGAGGCAGGAAAAAUGUGAAAUUAAUGGUUGAAAAAUCAAGUCAGAAUUAUUUUCCAGAUUGGAUCUAUGAUCACUAUGCUCAAAAUGAUGGAUUACUAGCUUGUGAAGUUGCACAGGAAGAAGAGGAAAUCGCAAGAAAAAUGAUUUUGAUUGGCCUGUGGUGCAUACAGAUAUUACCUAUGCAUCGCCCUACAAUAACCAAAGUUUUAGAAAUGUUUGAAAGUGGCUCAAAUGAAUUGGAGAUGCCAUCGAAGCAAAACUUAAGUCAAGUGCAGGUAUGUAUAUUAAAAUCCAUACCUGCAGGGGGAUUCGCGUCCGGGGAAGCCAUCUCCAUUUGUUGUGCGGCGUCUGCACUCUAUAUACGCGUGGCUUCAUGUCAGUGGCACCUACCGAGCAUUUUGGUGGGCUGA